CUUUUUUAUAUAUUAACUACUCUGCCUCAAACCCUCAGUUUAAUUUCUUCAAUUUCUACAUUUUAACCAUCAAUCUCUUAUCUCUGCCUAACACCACUGCACCACCCAAUUCGUACAACUAUUACACUCUCUAAGUAUAAAGACAGAGAGAGAAAUUAAAGGGGGUCCAAACUCGAAGCACUAGUUACUACUACGAUAGCUAGAUAUAGUAUUAUUAUCAGUGUUGGAUGGCAAUUGCAGCGCCGAAUUCAUCUCCGACAAUGAGUCUGAGUCACAGCCACAGCCACGAGGACGGGGGGACGACGACGGCGGCCUCCACCACGAACGACAACCUGAACGGGAACGGGAAGCAAGAGGAUGAUGAUCACGAGCAUGACAUGGUGAUGCCGGGGUUUCGUUUUCACCCGACAGAAGAAGAGCUGGUGGAGUUCUACCUUCGCCGUAAGGUGGAGGGCAAACGUUUCAACGUUGAGCUCAUUACUUUCCUUGAUCUUUAUCGCUAUGACCCUUGGGAGCUUCCUGCGUUGGCGGCGAUAGGAGAGAAGGAAUGGUAUUUCUAUGUGCCUCGAGACAGAAAAUACAGAAACGGAGAUCGUCCGAAUCGAGUGACGACGUCGGGUUAUUGGAAGGCAACGGGAGCAGAUAGGAUGAUAAGGACGGAGAAUUUCAGGUCCAUCGGGCUGAAGAAAACCCUAGUUUUCUACUCUGGGAAAGCUCCUAAAGGCAUCCGUACAAGUUGGAUUAUGAACGAGUACCGUUUGCCCCAACACGAAACUGAACGAUACCAAAAGGCGGAGAUAUCGCUGUGCCGGGUUUACAAAAGAGCUGGAGUUGAAGAUCAUCCGUCGUUGCCGCGGUGUCUGCCAACGAGGGCUCCAUCUUCAAGAACUGUUGAUCAUCAGAAGAACAAGCAGCAGCACCACAACGAUCAACUCAACAUGGGAUUUGCGGGGAACACCGCCGACGGAGCUUCUGAUAAUCGUGAUCAUGAUGUAACCACCGCUCUCGCCCUCUCCAAACACAACACAAAUGCUUAUCGUGCUCCUUCCAUGGGACUCCCACCGCUGCUUCUUCCCUUGGACGACGAAGCCGCCUUCGUCCUCAUGCAGCAGCAGCAGCACCAUGCUGGCCCUUCUUCAGGAACCACCACCAUGAUGGAUGAUCUCAACAGACUUGUAAGCUAUCAACACCAGUACUACAACAGCAGCAGUAGCAGUAGUAACAAUAAUAAUCCCAAUCAUCAUCAUCACCUGUUAAUGCAACAACAACAACAGCAGCAGCAGCAAACUCCUCCUGCAAUAAUGUCUCUGAAUAACACUCCUUCUCCGCUUGCAACCGCCUUCUCUGACCGCCUGUGGGAGUGGAAUCCACUCCCGGAGGCCAACCAGCGCCAGUACAGCAACAUGUCCUUCAAGUAAUAAUAAUAAUCAUCAUGCAAUAUUAUUAUUAUAUUUAUUUAUAUAUUAUGAACUGCACAUACAUAUAGAGACAAUUAUCUGUCCUAAUUUCCAUCCUGCUAUCAACUCUCUAUAUAUGUUCCCAGCAGCUUGUUUAUUAUUUCCUUACUCUAAUUCAUUUUCUGCUGCGAUGCAUGCUAGCUAUCUCUUAGAUUGAUUCCAAUAACAUAAUCAUUGUAUGACUC